CAGAGCGCGUGUUUUAAUGUACUGGCGGACGUGUCGGGCUCCAUCCCGACGCCGAUGCGCGCUCGUGUGCGGGCGGUACACAGAAGGCGCUGGAAUACUCCUCUCCAGCGGCCAGAUGGCAGCAGACGGUGCAGGACGGCUACAGAGUAUGUAGCCUGAGCGAUGACAACGUCGAGCAGCACGGCCGACGGAAGAAAUCGGGCGUUAGCCGGGAACAACCGCAUUUCUGCCGCAGCUCUCUCGCCUCCUCGGGGACGUGUCGGCCAUUGCCAGCCCUCUGCUCACUUUCUUAAACUCAUUGCUCGAAGCCCUGGUGGUUCCCCUUCUUUCGUGCUCAGCGAAAUCACCAGACAUGCUCCGGAUCACCCGCACACACCAGCUCCUGAGGACCCAGCGUAUACCCGCUCGGAUCCCAAGAUACUUCUCUACGUCCGCAAUCAUCAUGACCGACCAGAAGCACCGUAUUGAGCGCGACACCUUCGGCGAGCUUCAGGUCCCUGCGGAUCGGUACUGGGGUGCCCAAACACAACGCUCCCUCCAGAACUUCGACAUUGGCGGUCCUACUGAGCGGUUACCACCCCCGCUCAUUAAGGCAUUUGGUGUGCUAAAGAAGGCAUCUGCGAUUGUCAAUACGACGUAUGGCUUGGAUCCCAAGGUUGGCCAGGCGAUCCAGCAGGCUGCUGAUGAGGUCAUCUCGGGCAAGCUCAUCGACCACUUCCCUCUGGUCGUGUUCCAGACUGGCAGCGGCACCCAGAGUAACAUGAACGUCAUCUCAAACCGUGCUAUUGAGAUCCUUGGUGGUGAGCUGGGCACGAAGAAGCCUGUGCACCCCAACGACCAUGUGAACAUGAGCCAGAGCAGUAACGACACCUUCCCAACUGCAAUGCACAUCGCAGCUGUCGUGGAGAUCAGCCAGUCACUCAUCCCUGCACUGACUGAGCUCCGAGAUGCUCUCGAUGCAAAGGCAAAGGCGUUCGACCACAUCAUCAAGAUUGGUCGUACGCACUUGCAGGAUGCAACUCCCUUGACUCUCGGACAAGAGUUCAGUGGCUAUGUCCAGCAGGUCACCAACGGCAUCGAGCGUGUGAAGGCUGUCCUUCCUCGCCUGAGCUACCUUGCUCAGGGAGGUACUGCUGUCGGCACUGGCCUGAACACGAAGAAGGGCUUCGAUGUGAAGGUCGCUACUGAGAUCUCCAAGAUCACCGGCCUCCGCUUCGAGACCGCACCGAACAAGUUCGAGGCCCUCGCAUCCCACGACGCUCUCGUCGAGGCGCAUGGUGCUCUCAACGUCAUUGCAUGUUCGUUCAUGAAGAUUGCCAACGACAUCCGGUACCUCGGCUCCGGCCCUCGCUGCGGUCUGGGUGAGCUCAGUCUGCCGGAGAACGAGCCUGGUAGCAGUAUCAUGCCGGGCAAGGUCAACCCCACGCAGUGCGAGGCUUUGACCAUGGUUGCUGCUCAGGUGAUGGGUAACCAGACUACGGUCAGCGUUGCGGGUGCUAGCGGCCAGUUUGAGCUCAACGUGUUCAAGCCUGUCAUCAUCAAGAACGUGCUUCAGAGCAUCCGUUUGCUGUCAGACGGCUCGAGGUCAUUCACGAAGAACUGCGUGGUCGGCAUCGUAGCGAACGAGAAGCGCAUUAACACCCUUUUGAACGAGUCCCUCAUGCUGGCUACCAUCUUGAACAGCCACCUCGGCUACGAUAACGUUGCGAAGUGUGCCAAGAAGGCUCACAAGGAGGGCACGACGCUCAAGGAAGCCACCGUUGCGCUUGGCCUCUUGACCCCGGAGGAGUUUGACCAGAAAGUCCGUCCGGAGCUCAUGUUGGGCCCCGACGAGCCGUAG